UUUCUUCAUUCAUCUAAAUUCUUUAGCAGUCGUUUCUAUUUAAAUUUAUCCUUGUAUAAAUUAAAAAUGAACCUCGUACAUUGUCUUAGACAAACACCUCAUCAUCAUCAUCAUCAUCGCUUUCUCCAGUUUCCUGUUUGGUUCACGAGAAAGUUUGCAAUGGCGACGGAAACCAGUUACAAAGAAGCCUACGAUUCCGGUGCCAAAACGAGUUUUGCUGAUCACAUACUUCCUCACCUUCUUCGUCUGUAUGGGUCUACUGCAACAUCUCAAGAUUUUGAAAUCUAUGCCCGGGAUGCUUCCUUUGAAGAUCCACUUAUGAAGGCACAUGGGGUGAAGCAGAUCAAAUCAGCAUUCUAUUCUAUUCCCAAGAUAUUUAGUGAGUCAAAGAUUGUGGAGUACAGUAUUAAAGAAAAUAUGGUUUCACCAGGCAAAGGAGAGAUAGAGAUUGACAAUAAGCAAAAGUACAAAUUCUUGGGGAAGGAUAUAGAUAUGGUAUCACUAAUCAAGUUGUAUGUUGAGGAUGGUAAAGUUGUUCGCCAUGAGGACUGGUGGGACAAAAAACCAAUAUCUAAUAGAGAAACUGUGAAGCUGCCACUGCUUGGACGAGUUGCAGAAAUGACUCGCAGAGGAUCAAUGCUGGCAACACACCUGUUUAUGAGGUUUGGGAAGGACCCAAAUGUGUGAAUAGCUAGAAUUAGAUGAAGAUAUUUUUAGCUUUAGUAUACACCGGCCUGUAUAUGAAACUUGAUAUUGGUACUUUUUGUAUGGAACUUAAUUAGUGGAACUCGUAGUUCCAAAUCCCUUAUAUAAUUCAAAGAAGCACAGUAAUGACA